AUAAUGCAGAGAAAAAAUUCAGAAGAGAAAUGGCAACAAUAGAGACCAAAGAGGGUGGCUUUACCGAUAUUCCUGGAGCUGCCAACAGCGUCGAGAUCCAGAAUCUCGCUCUCUUUGCUGUUGACCAAUACAACCAAAACCAGAAUGCAUCUCUUGAGUUUGUGAAGGUGAUUAGUGCAAAGAAGCAAGAUGUUGCAGGUGUCAUAUACGACAUUACUUUGGAGGCAAAAGAUGGUAACACCAAUAAGGUGUAUGAAACCAAGGUGUGGGUCACCCUCUCCAACUCCAAACAAGUUCAAGAAUUCAAGGAAGUCACCACCACAACAGUGGAGCCAAUAAGUGGUGGCAUUAGCGAUGUGCCCGGAGCUGCCAACAGCGUGGAGAUAGAGGAUCUAGCUCGUUUUGCUGUUGACGAACACAACAAGAAAGAGAAUGCAGCGGUGGAGUUUGUGAAGGUGAUUAGUGCAAAGCAGCAAGUGGUUUCAGGUACCUUGUACUACAUAACUUUUGAAGCAAAAGAUGGUGAGACCAAAAAAGUGUAUGAAACAACGGUGUGGGUGAAAGAAUGGUUGAACUUCAGGGAGGUGCAGGAAUUCAAGGAAGUGACUACUGUUGCCACUGGUGCUACUUCUGCUACUCUCUUUUCGGUCACUGUGUAACCCUACCUUAAUAUAUGUAUAUGUAUCCCUACCUUGCCUCCAAGGUGAAACUUCAAAGAUUAUCUAUGUUUGUGGAAUAAAUAAAUGUAGCUAUACACAAUUUGAUUCUUAUGUAUGUUGUCUAUGUUGAUGCUAUGCAGAUCUUGAGCUAUAGCACCUCGUUUUGCAAUUAUGCAUAUUCAUAUAUAAUUUAAUUUCCCUUUUUUA